UCUGCGUUUUGGCCUGUAGCUGUACACAGAGAGUGCAGCAGACGGUCAACGGUUGUACCAAUAGCCGAAACGGCAGCGUUGCUGUCUCCUCCGUCCGUCGCCUUCUCCAACGGGAAGUGAAAUUCCCAGCAGAAGAUUCUGCAGACUUGUACGUUGGAGUGGAUCAAUGGAGGCUCUGUAACUUCCCAAGCACUUCAUACGACGCUGAAGCGACAAUGGAGGAAAGCUGAAGGAGCUCGAAGAACCUUUCCUUGAGUUGAGGUCAUAGAAAAUGGAGGACCGCUUUUGCUUCGAGUGCCUCGAGCGGCGAAUCCAGUCCGACUACUCCGGCGGGCUUGCCUUCUCUUACGGCCUAUCCGAUACGCCUCUCCCGUUCGGUUCCGCCGCCGUUGUUCAGGUGGCUGCUUUCGAGGGAGAAGCUUCUCAGUUCAUUCUGAAGUACUUGCGCAGCGAUCAGCAUAGUUGCUUGGCGAGAUACAUUGAUGAUUGUAUUGAGAGCAGCAGUAGGAUCAAUGAUAUGGUUCCUUCUGAAGUUAAGCCAGAAGUCUGCAGUAGCACAACUCCUCAGGGUCAAGAUGGUGCGGAUCCUCCUCCAAAACAAUCUGAGAGCCAUUUUGACUGUGGCAAGGGUAAAAGCUCUAAAGGAUCAAUAUCAAGAUGUUGUAGUUGCGACUACUUGUCUACAUCUUCUUGCUUGAGGACUAUUAAUGCACUGGCACCUAUAGCAUAUGCAGCUCCUAGAUGCAUCUCUAUGUUCGAGGAGCUUGCUUCACAUUUUCUGUCUGGGUCACAGGAAGAUCUCAUCAUACGCUCCCUGAGUCUCCUGAUUGAAGGGAAAGCCACUGGUCGUGAUGCUGUGAAUUUUCUUCGAUUAGUUGGGGUGCAAUCAUUUGGUGAAAUAGGUGUUCCUUGUUCUAUAAGGCAUCCAAAUGUAGCUCCUGUUAUUGGUAUGCUUAAAUCAUUUGAUUAUAUCAAUUUGGUGCUUCCUAAGACUCCAUAUACCUUGGAAAAUAUUCUACAUUUCAGUCCCGAUGUUUUGCUGUCAGAGUGGGAUGUAAGGUUUUUGGUAUACCAGCUUCUUUCAGCCCUUGCUUACCUCCAUGACUUAGGGCUUGCCCAUGGUAGCAUAAGUCCAUCUGCUAUAAUGAUCACUAAGUCCUGCUGGUCAUGGAUUUCGGUUUCUGAGAAGCUUGGGUCUGUCUCAGUAAAUGUUGAAUGCACCCCUACCCAGAGCACUAGAUCUAGGAUUGGCUGCUGCAUGGACGAUUGUGUGUAUCAGGGACUUUACGCAGAUUUGAAGGUUUCUGGAUCUGUGGACUGGCAUUCUGAGUUUAAAAGAUGGUGGAGUGGAGAACUGAGUAAUUUUGAGUAUCUGCUUGUCCUGAACAAAUUAGCUGGGAGAAGGUGGGGAGACCACACCUUUCAUCCUGUAAUGCCAUGGGUGAUAGAUUUUAGCACCCUACCAGAUGAAAAUUCUGAUGCAGGGUGGCGGGACUUGAGCAAGAGUAAGUGGAGGCUGGCAAAAGGGGACGAACAGCUAGAUUUCACAUAUUUAACAUCCGAAAUACCUCAUCACGUGUCUGAUGAGUGUCUUUCUGAACUGGCUGUGUGCAGCUACAAAGCUAGGAGAUUACCUUUGAGUGUUCUACGAUUGGCUGUCCGAUCAGUUUAUGAGCCCAAUGAAUAUCCCUCUACCAUGCAGAGGCUAUACCAGUGGACUCCAGAUGAGUGCAUACCCGAAUUUUACUUCGACCCGCAAAUUUUCAAUUCUAUCCACUCUGGUAUGACAAAUUUGGCCAUUCCUUCUUGGGCAAGCAGUCCUGAGGAGUUCAUUAAAAUGCAUAGAGAUGCUUUAGAAAGUGAACGGGUGUCUCGCCAGCUGCAUAUGUGGAUCGAUGUGACGUUUGGAUACAAAAUGUCUGGUGAGGCAGCUGUUGCUGCUAAGAAUGUCAUGCUGCCUUCUUCUGAUCCCUCUUUGCCAAGAUCUAUCGGGCGCAGACAGCUUUUUAAUCGGCCUCAUCCCAUCCGCAGAAGUCAUUCCAGUAAAUUUCAUGGUAAAACAACCGUGAAUCUUGAUGACCUGAAUGAGGUGGCGUUUGAAAAAUCUCUUCUUUCUGGAACAGCUAAUUUGGAGGAACUAGAACAAGCAUAUGCAUUUUCUGAACAUGCCCGGCAUUUGAGUCCUCUUUACAGCUUUGGUAGUUCUGCUAAGAGUACUAACGCUUUUGAAGAAUCCCAGGGAAAGAGCACCAACUGCGCCAAAUCUGAACCAUGUGUUAUCCAAAACUUCGGGCGGACUUUUGGUGUUGACUCUAAUAAUCUUCUUGAAUAUAUUGAAGAGACUGAUGAAGAUUUUAUGGGAUAUCAAGAAUUAUUGCUUUGGAGGCAGAAAUCAAAUACAUCAAAACAGCUUUCUGAAGAUGUUGCGGAGGACAUAUUCUCUAUUGGUUGUGUCUUAGCAGAACUUCAUUUGAAGAGGCCACUAUUUGACCCGACCUCGUUGGCCUUAUAUUUGGAAGAUGGAAUAUUGCCAGGAUCAGUGGAAGAACUUCCUCCCCUGACAAGGGUCCUUGUUGAAGCUUGUGUCCAGAGAGACUGGAUAAGGAGGCCCACUGCCAAGAGUCUUCUGGAAUCUCCUUAUUUUCCUGCAUCAAUCAAAUCAUCAUACUUGUUUGUCUCCCCACUCCAACUUCUUGGGCAAGAUAGUUCUCGUCUGCAUUAUCUUGCAACGUUUGCAAAACAAGGAGCCUUGAAAGCAAUGGGGCCAUUUGCAGCUGAAAAGUCCACUUCCUAUUGCUUGCCUCUACUCGCGACUCCUUUAUCAGAUAUAGAGGCUGAGUGGGCUUGCACACUAUUAGAGGAAUUUAUCAAGAGCUUGAAGCCAUCAGCAGUGAAAACAUUGAUCGUUCCUUGUAUUCAGAAAAUUCUACAGACAACUGGUUAUUCUCGUCUAAAAGUAUCCCUUCUCCAAGAUUCUUUUGUUAGAGAAAUUUGGAAUCGGGUUGGUAAAUAUGCAUAUCUUGAAAAACUGCAUCCGCUGGUCAUAUCAAACCUUCAUAUUUCACCCCAUAAGACUUCAGCUGGUGCUGCUUCUGUGCUGCUGAUUGGCUCUAGUGAAGAGCUUGGUAUACCUGUUACAAUUCAUCAGACAAUCUUACCCUUGAUCCAGUGCUUUGGGAAGGGACUCUCCCCAGAUGGAAUUGAUGUGCUGAUUAGAAUUGGUGGACUUUUAGGGGACUCUUUUAUUGUCAAACAGAUGCUACCAUUGCUUAAACACAUGGUCCAUGUCUGUAUCAGUGUCUCAUGCAUGAAUAAGUCUGAGCCUAUACAGAGCUGGAGUGGUUUAGCUCUUAUUGAUUGUCUAGUAACAUUGGAUGGUUUACUUGCUUUCUUGCCAGGGGAGGUAGUUGUCAAAGAGCUGAUCCAAGACCGGAAUUGCCUCCAUGUGAUUAUUCUCAUGCAAACCUGUCUGGAAGUUUCAGUACUCCAGGUUGCUGCUUCCAUGUUACUGGCACUAUGCCAAAGGAUUGGACCUGAUUUGACAGCUUUGCAUGUUCUUCCGCAACUUAAGGGGCUUUUUGAUGAGCUUGCUUUCUCUCAAGAAACUGCCAGUGGAUCAGGCAGUUCUCUUGGAAGGAGCUUGAAGGCUUCUAAGCUGAAAAUAAAUGAGGGCCCUGGCAUUGAGAGCCGAAUGGACCUUGUGUUGCUUCUGUAUCCUUCAUUUGCAACUCUUCUCGGAAUAGAGAAACUCCGUCAAUGUUGUGCCACAUGGUUGCUUCUCGAGCAGUUCCUUCUGCGGCGUCAUAACUGGAAGUGGGAAUGUACAGGAGAAUCACCCAGAGGAAGUCCAGAAAAUUCUGUUUCCAAGAGGUCUCUUGUUAGUCAAGGAGUUAGAAAUGAGAAUAGUCCUGCAAAGAUGCUGCUAAAUGGAGUUGGUUGGUCGAUUCCCCAAUCUCAAGGGACUAGAGUUUCGAAGAAUCUGUCUAGGAAGAGAUAUAACAAAGUUGAUGGGAGUCCCAUUGAAGGGAAUGCAGUGAUGACAAAUUAUAUGAAUCGUGAACCUUGGUUCUGGUUUCCUAGUCCAGUUAACAGCUGGGAUGGACCUGAAUAUCUUGCUCGGGUGGGGAGUGUAAAAGAUGAGCUUCCUUGGAAAAUCAGAGCUUGCGUUUUGUACUCGGUGCGGGCACAUAAUGGCACCCUAAGAUCUGUGGCUGCGUACGAAGAUGAAUCUACAGUUUUUACUGCUGGGAUUUGCCCUGGUUUUAAGGGGACCGUUCAGAAGUGGGAUCUGAUGAGAAUGAAUAGUAUGUUGGGCUACUACGGCCAUGAGGAGGUUGUUAACGACAUAUGUGUCUUGUCUUCUAGCGGAAGGAUUGCAUCUUGUGAUGGAACUGUACAUGUGUGGAACAGCCGAACAGGGAAAGUAAUAUCGGUUUUUGCUGAACCCACAACUGAUUCUACACACUUUGGGAGCCCCAUAUUAUCUCCAUCGAGUAUCAACGCCGACUCUGCAAAUGUAUUGGGUUCAAAUUCACUCUCAACAGGUCUAUUGUCAAGUGCGUUCGAUGGGAGCUUGUACACUUGCAUGCAUCAUGUGGAGUUCAGUGACAAGCUUAUAGUUGGCACUGGAAAUGGCUCUAUUAGGUUUAUUGAUAUCUCCCAAGGUCAGAAGCUUCACAGUUGGCGGGGUGAACUUGGUGACUCGGGUUUCCCUUCUCUCGUUUCUGCAAUAAGCUCAUGCGGGUCCGACAAUGUGCUACCAGAUAGAGCUUCGACCUCACCUUCAUGGAUUGCCACUGGGCUAAGUUCUGGUCACUGUCGGUUAUUUGAUUCGAGAAGUGGUAACGUACUUGCCUCGUGGAAGGCCCACGACGGUUAUGUGACAAAGUUGGCUGCACCGGAGCCUCAUUUGCUUGUUUCGAGCUCUCUCGACAAGACCUUACGGGUUUGGGACUUGAGAAGGAAUUUGCCAUCUCAGCUAUCCAUUUUAAGAGGCCACACAGAUGGUGUAUCAGGUUUCUCCAUGUGGGGCCAAGAUGUUGUGUCAAUUUCGAGAAACAAGAUCGGGGUUUCCUCUCCAUCAAAGUCUGUUGAUGAGGACGGGCUUCAUCAGGUUAUUGUACCUCAGAAUCUCCACAUGAACCAGCAGGGCACGAAAAACUUGUCCACGUUAUCGAGCAUCUGCAUCCUUCCUUUCUCACGGCUGUUUCUGGUUGGGACGGAAGAUGGCUACUUGAGGAUCUGCUGCUAGAUGCAUGUUAAGAACGCUAGAUGAUAGUAGGAUAAAAAUUGGAGGCAUCUCUUGUAAAGCUAUUCAUUUAUUUAUUUAUUUAUUUUCAGUGUGUAUACAUAUAAUGUUUCUACUCGCAAAAAUUUGUAAAGUUGUGACGCUCUUUGUAAUGGCAAUGCAUCUCCCUGCGUCUUGUUAUCGGCA